AAUUGUACAUAUUGCAGGUUUUGAGAAGUUUUCUAAGUCGAGGAAUUCAGAAAUUCUUUAUCUAAGUUCCAAUCAGUUGAACAAAGAUAUCUUCACAUCUUUCAGUGAGCUUCCAUCUCUCAAAUCUCUCUAUCUAGGCAACAAUUUCCAAGCAUCUAACCAUGCUAACGGUAUAGUUGUCUAUCUUUGGUUUAUAAAAAACCAUUUUCUUAUUGAUGCCGAAAGGUCCAAUCCAAGGUAGAGAAGAAGAUGGUCCUAUUGAUAUAGAGUUCUCUACAUAAACCCUUAUUGGAGACAGGCUUGGUUCUAUUACAUUGAGAUGUGCUUCAAUUCUUGCUACUAUUUUAUGGUAGAUCAUCUACCCAAGCAAUUUCAAGAAUGUAGCCAUAUUAUAGAUGUCAUUGCUAACUAUGUUGUUUCCCCUUUUUUCCUAUUCAAAAUUGCAAUGCCUCUUAUUAAAAGUCUAGCCAAUUGCAUCAGACUAUCACUUCCAAAAACAAAAAAGUAUAAUUCGCCCCCAAAACCAAAAUUGCCUCCAAAAUCUAAACUCGAAGCAAGACGCAUUCUCCAGUGCCAAUCUCAAAGCAAGAGAUAAAGGAAUCAACUAAAAAUAAAUCCUAAAUGGAUUAAUCAAUUUUCGAAAGAAGGAAAGAAAUUAGAACGAAAGAGAUGCUCAAAUAAACUCAUCGACCAGCAUGCGUACCCGAGAUUUGGAAUCGCUAUGAUCAUCGGCGCUGCCGUGGUUGCUGUCGUGAGUCUCAGGAGAACCGUCAACAUCGAAAAGCUCGCUGUUGCCCGGCAGCCCACCUCGCCAUCGUUGUCUUUGGAGUUCUUCAGUUCUUGUCCUAAUUUCUGGGCAAUUCUCCGUUCAAUUUUUUCAACUCAUCCAUCUCUCAUGGCAAUCUCCAUCUCCGCUUGUGCAACUCCUCACUGGACCAACUCAAGUAAACAAUGCAAAUUCGUUGGUCAAUAUGUGAGAGCAUUGCCAAUUCGGAUCAUAACGGUGGGGAAGAAGAGGUCCCCAGGUGUCCAGUUGCUGGUAGAUGGGUUUAUCGAUAAGCUCAGAAACUACUGUCCUGUUGAUGAUGUUUUAAUUCGGUCUAACCCCAAAAAUGCACGGGAUGUGAGGGCCCGGGUCGAUGAUGAAGAUAUGGCUGUCAUGAACCAUAUCAGAGGACAGCUGGAUUGCAUCAAAGGAAAAGAUCAGCAGAUGGCAAAAAUUGCGCAACAGCUGGAUUGCAUUGAAGGAUGAGAUUAACAGAAGAUUAGCAAAAGAUUAACAAACUGCAAAAUUGUGCAAAUUGAUUCAUGGAGGAUGCGUUCAAAAACAAAGAUUGAUUAAUCCCCUGUAUUCAUGUCUUAUUUCUCUCAUACUUUCCCUUUCCACUUUGUAAUUUGUAUAAUAUUUCCUUAUUUCUUCAAUUUGAAUAUCUAUAGAUUGUAAAGUUUUCUCACAAAUUAAUAAAUAAGUAAGAGUAUUAUUUUUAUAAAAUCUCCUCUUUAUCUUUUCUAAUUGGUAUCAGAGCUUUCCUCAUAAGAAAAGCCUCUUGUUUCUCUUUGUCAUUCUAUCAAACAAAUGGCAGGCCAAACCUCAACCCAGAAAAACUAUGUUGAAACCAAGUAUCUUUACCCAUCCAGCCUAAAUGUGGGUAAUUUUGUUUUCAUUCGUCUAACUCCAACCAAUUUUCUCCUCUGGCAAGUGCAGAUUAUGGGCUUAAUUGAGAGCCAAAACUUGACUUGAUUUGUUGAUGGAAGUUGGACUCCACCGACCAAGGUCAUCUCCGCCCUUGAGGAUGACAAUGUCCAAGGCAAGAAGGAGGUUCCCAACCUAGAAUACAUAUACUGGAAGAGGUCGGAUAGCUUGCUCCGUGGAUGGAUCACAAGAACACUCACAGAGCAAGUACUCAGUCUUGUGGUAGGCCUUGAAACUUCACAAGAGGUAUGGAAUGCAUUAGUUAAUGCCUAUGCUCAAAGUUCCACUGAACGUGAGUUUGAAUUGAACCAAACAAUUCAAGUGAUAAGUAGAUCAAACUUCUCCUCCUUGAAUGAAUAUAUUUUGAAAUUCAAGUCAUGCUGUGAUGGUAUUGCAACAAUUAGCAAGCCCAUGAAUGAAAAAAAAAAACAAGGUUUUCUGGCUACUAAAUGGACUUGGACCUC